AUCCUCUCAUAGUGCCCAUCGUCCACUACCAUCUACCGUACCUACUACCUGCCCAUCCCGUAGUAAGAGAUAGAAGAGCGAAAACGGAGAAGAACACUUGCACUCGCAUUGGCAGUGCAGCAUGGCUCUGAGGCUGUGGGCUAGCUCAGCCGCCAAGGCGCUCAAGCUCUCCGGAGCCAGGGCUGUCGCCCCGGCCUUCUCCAUCUCCAGAUUCUUCUCCACAGUUCAUGAUGGGUUGAAGUACACUCACUCUCAUGAGUGGGUCAAGCACCAUGAGGACGGCGUCGUCACGGUUGGCAUCACGGACCAUGCUCAGAGCCACCUUGGAGAGGUGGUGUUCGUGGAGCUGCCGGAAGCCGGCGCCCAGGUCUCGGCAGGAGGAUCCUUCGGCAACGUGGAGAGUGUGAAGGCCACCAGCGACGUCAACUCCCCAAUCUCCGGCGAGGUCGUCGAGGUCAACUCCAAGCUCUCGGAGACGCCCGGCCUGAUCAACUCGAGCCCGUACGAGGACGGGUGGAUGAUCAAGGUGAAGCCGAGCAGCCCUGGGGAGGCGGACGGCCUGCUGGACGCCGCCAAGUACACCAAGCACUGCGAGGAGGAAGACGCUCACUAGAGCCAGCAUGCGUUCUUUGCCUAUGACACUGUGUUCUUGGUUGUUUCAGUCAUUUUUGCUUUGUUGCAAAAACUCCACCGUCGUCCAAACGCAAUAACCAGAGUUGCCAUGCCUUCCUUUGCUGACAAGCGACGGGACGAUGGACGUCCAUUUACUAAUUGCGUUGACAGUAUAAGAAACCUGACGACAACAAGAACUUCACGAGAACAUUAUUGCUAAUGGACAUCCAAAGCAUGCAUUCCUAGCUGCUUGACUCCCAGAAAUCGUUGAACAUCGUAGGAAUUGGGGCUAGUCGGCUAGUCGGUGGCUAUGAUGUAUUUGUUUAUUUUACUACCUGCGCCUUUCAGCUGCAUAAGGAAAAGAUUUGUACUUCCACACUCUGCGAUUACUUAUCGCAACUCUUUGUUGGAACUGUUGUUCCUCCAAUGCGAAUAUAGUGAACUUUAUGGUGAAAAAAGUAAUCUUCCUA